AUGGAUGAUACACUUGAGCAAGUCCGUGAAAAAUGUGCACUUCAACUCGAAAUGUACCAAAAGUGUGUCGAAAACUACCCUCAUUCAUGGGACAAGAGCUGUAUGCAGCAAAAGAAGGCCUUGACCAAAUGUUCUGAAGACAAUGUUGGCAUUUUGAAAUUUGUCAAGGAGCACUGUACGAUGCAAAUCAAUGCUUAUGAUAAAUGUCUAUCAGCUAAUUCAGAAAAGCCAGAUGAAUGUGUUCAAGUAUUGAAGGAGCUCUAUUUCUGUACCGAAGCAACCUCUCUUAGAUAUCGUGAUCAAGAAAAGGAAAAGCAAGAGGCUGCUGCUGCUGCUGCUGCUGCUGCUGCUGCUAAGAAAGAUUAG